AAAAAAAAAAAAAAAAAAAUUAAUCAAAGAAGAUAUAAGGGUUUAUAGUAAGAGGGUAAAGGAUGGUAGAGGUAUCAUAUAUUCAUAUAUUCCAUAUGUUAAUAAUAAUAUAUUUGACAUAUACUGUAAAAGAAAUGAGUAUAUUAUUUAUUUUUAUUUAUUUCUUCUCCUUUCCCUUUUUUUACCCUCUUCCUUUUUUUUUACACGUUAAUAGAUUAUAUAUAAAGUACUUUGAAUUUAUUAUAUCAUUAAUUAUAUGAAUAUAC